AAAAAAUUAUAAAUAUCGCUCAUAGAGAGUUAGAGUGUAAACCGAGGUGUAUACCAAUAGUAGGUACCUAAAUAAUGAAGAAAUCGAGGAAGAAAUCAAAUACUGUGGCCCAUGUUGGUGAUAAUUCUUUGGCAGUAGGUGCGAAUUUUUUAAUAACAAAUGAUGGCAAUAAUGAUAUUGGACUCGACGAAGAAUGUGCCAAAGUGUUCGUCAUGGACAAUGACUAUGAAGGAUACAACUUCCAUGACCCUGAAUAUUUUUCUGGACAACCGAAAUUCGGAGAAAAAGAUUAUAUCCGGCACCGUGAAAGAGAUUACCCACACAUGCAUGCCCCUCUCAAGAUCGGUUUCAAGUCAAUGAAACGGCGGACGAUACAGCCUUCGACUCCGGUGCCAGCUAUCGUCGAUAGCCACUGGAAUGACCCGGAACAUCCGCUUCUGGAAAAAAGUCCAUUGACCAGCCUGACAAACGAAGAUGUAGAAGACAUUCCAGACGUUUCCGAAUCAGAAAACAUCAUAUCCGAUCCCUCCAAUCACCUGCCUCAUACACAUUUAGAAGAUACUCCAACAGAGAAGAAAGUUUCAUUUCCCGACAACCACAACCAUCACACUGACAGUUCCGAUCUAAAUCAAGAUAAGAGAGGAAUCAAAAAAGAUCAUCAUGACAGCCAUAGCAAAACUCGAAAACACUCCUUACCUGAUAUAUCAUCCCACAGACGACGCAGUCACAAAGACAAAGAAAACAAUACUAGUUUACACGGUAGAAGACGGAUUUCAACACAACCAGAGGACAAAGAUUUGACACCCAUCGAUAUCAAUCAACUGGAUAGUCAUCGUUCCGAUGACUCACGUGCCUUACGCAGGCAUAAAGCUUCAAGGACGUUUUCAGGCAACAGCCCAGAAACGAAUCGACCUACGAAGAAAUGUUUCGACCAUAGUCCCCAUGCCAUUUUCGUGGAAUUGGCCGAGAUCGUGUCGUUCGAGAACCGAGAGGACCGCGAAUGGAAGGAAACUGCCCGAUGGAUCAAAUACGAGGAGGACGUGGAAGAGGGCGUCGACCGAUGGGGUAAGCCUCACGUGGCCUCGCUGAGCUUCCACUCCCUGUUGAACUUGAGGAGGUGCUUGGAGGAGGGGCUCGUCGUGCUGGAUAUGGAAGAAACGGACUUGCCGGCGAUAGCGCACAGGAUAUCAGAAGAUCUGUACAAGGAAGAUUUGAUAAAAGAAGAAGACAUACCAAAAAUAAUGAGAACACUACUUUUACGUCACAGACAUGUGAAUGAGCAGGACAGGGGAUUCAGAUUUAGUAAUAGAAAACAGAGUUCAGCGUCUCUCCAGAAUUUAUUCGAACCCGACAAAAGGAAACGUAGCUACCCCAUCGACAAUCACACCAACCACAUAAAAAACGGCGAUCCGUCCCAAGAUGCCCUUCUGAAACGUCCUGAAAAGAAGGUGGUGAUCGACAUCAAAGAUGUUCCUCAAGCUACCAGCAAUGAGGACCUGAAGACGGGCCAGCACAACGAGACGAUUCUCAAGAGGAUCCCGGCGGGGGCAGAGGGGUCAGUCGUGCUCGUAGGGGAAGUGGAGUUUUUGGAUCAACCGGCGAUAGCGUUCAUCAGGUUGGCCGAGGGAACCGUCAUCCCGUCGCUAAUCGAAGUCAAUAUACCUGUCAGGUUCGUUUUCGUACUACUCGGUCCUCGACUGCCCAACAUCGACUACCACGAAGUAGGUCGUUCCAUAUCGACUUUGAUGGCCAACACGCAGUUCCAUUCCAUAGCCUACAAGGCGGACACCCGCAAAGAGCUGCUCUCGGCCAUCAACGAGUUUCUCGAUGCCAGCGUGGUGCUGCCCCCUGGUGAUUGGGCGGGCCAAGCGGUGUUGCCAUUUGCUGGGAUAAAGGCCAAGAUCGAGGCGAUCAGGAGGCGGAAGGAGAACGCGCUGAAGAAGGAACAGGAGGCCCACGGGAUCGUUACCCAGCCACUCAUAUCUCAAGGCGAGGACCGUAAGAAAGACGACGACCCGCUGGUGCGGACGAACAAGCCUUGGGGUGGACUGAUCCGCGACCUCAAGCGGCGCUACCCGCACUACAAGAGCGACAUCGUCGACGGGCUGAACUUCCAGUGCGUCGCGGCGGCCAUAUUCAUGUACUUCGCCGCCGUAUCGGGGGCGAUCGCCUUCGGGGGCCUGACGGGCGAUAAGACUGAGAGCUUGAUCGGGAUCUCGGAGACGCUGCUUUGCACCAGCAUCGGGGGCAUCAUAUUCGCCGUGCUUGGUGGCCAGCCGUUGAUCAUCAUAGGCACGACCGGUGCCCUCCUGCUCUUCGACGAGAGCCUCUUCCAGUUCUGCAAAAGCGGCGGCUACGACUUCCUCAAGACGCGCAUCUACAUCAGCCUGUGGCUGGCCGUCAUUGGAGUGACAGUGGCCUGCUUCGAAGGUAGCGUCUUCGUAAAGCUGUUCACCCGCUUCACCGAGGACAUCUUCUCCGCCCUCAUCGUGCUGCUGUACAUCCUCGAGAGUGUUGUCAAAGUGUUUUAUUUGUACACGAAGCAUCCGCUGAUGGGCGAUUAUUGUGUCGCGAAUAGUACUGCGGGGAACAGCACUGCGGGGAACAGCACUGCGAGUAACAGCACUGCGGGGAAUAGAACAGUCGGGGAUGCGGUGAAGAGAGACGAUGUGGAGGUGCCUUCUAAUCAACCAAAUACUGCGUUGUUUUGUACGAUUUUGACGCUUGGGACGUUUGCCAUUGCUUAUUAUUUGAGGAUGUUCAGGAACAGUCAGUUUCUCGGAAGGAGUGCUAGAAGAGCUCUGGGAGAUUUCGGCGUGCCUAUAGCAAUAAUAAUAAUGGUUUUGGCCGACUACAAUGUGCCAGAGAUAUACACAGAGAAACUGAACGUGCCUUUAGGCUUCUCUCCGUCGGACACAAGCAAACGGAAAUGGUUCAUUCCCCCAGACGGUGUUCCUGUUUGGAUCAUACUGAUCAUCAGCAAGCCGGAGCGCAAACUGAAGAAGGGCAGCGGUCUGCACCUGGACAUCGUCAUCGUCUGCCUGAUCAACAUCCUGUGCGGCUUCUUCGGCUUCCCUUGGCUGUGCGCGGCUGCCGUGCGAUCCAUCGUGCACACGUCGGCGCUGACGGUGAUGUCCAGAACGCAUGCGCCGGGAGAGAAGCCGCAUCUGAUCGAGGUCAAGGAGCAGCGGCUCUCCGCCCUGAUGGUCUCGAUUUUGAUAGGAUUGUCCGUUUUGAUGUCGCCUCUAUUGAGACUAGUACCAAUGGCUGUGGUAUUGGGUAUAUUCCUUUACAUGGGAGUGGCGUCCACAGAUGGUAUACAGUUUUUCGAUAGAACGAGAUUAUUCUUCAUGCCAGUGAAACAUCACCCCCAAACUUCAUAUGUCAGGAGGGUUACAACAUAUAAGAUGCAUCUUUUCACAUUAAUCCAGCUGAUAUGUCUGGUAAUAUUAUGGAUAGUGAAAUCCACCAAGGCCUCUCUAGCUUUUCCUUUCUUUCUAAUUCUGAUGGUUCCAUUGAGAUCGCAAUUGCCACAUUUUUUCUCUCAAAGAGAAUUGCGAGCGCUGGAUGGGGAUCAAGUAGAUGGUGAUGACGAUGAACCAGAUUUCUAUGCUGAAGCUCCACUGCCUGGAUAAUCAUCGAGGUCUACAUAUCAAAAAUCCCGGUUUAUUUUAUUAUACCUAACUCUAAUCUAUUUAUUCUGUAAAUCAUCAUCAUCAUCAUGAAUUUAUUUGUGAUGACCCAGAAAUAACACAAUGUUGUUACAAUGUUUUCAGAAAUGUUUGGGCUUAUUUGGAGCUAUCAUAAUCACAAGAUUAUUAAAAAUUCAUUUGAACAGGUAUUUUCUACCUGCAGAAUGAUCUCAUAUUGUGAAUUAAUAUUUUCGAUUAAUCAAAAUUUCUGCCUUUCAAGUCUUUGGGACUUUUCUCAGUGAUAGAUAUUGAUGGUAAAUUCGUUGAUUUAAGUUUUUUCUGUGAUAAAAACAAUAGGUAGUUAUAAAUUCCGCUCCUAGGCAUUAUAAAGAUUCUGGUAAUAAUGUGGAAGAAUAGGAUGUAGGUAUUCUUUACUGUCUAAUAGUUAACUAUAGAGAGAAUGCCUUUGUAUUAUAGUUCUUGUUGACAUGGAGUUCGAAUGAAGGUGUGGAUAUUUACAGUGAACUUUUAAGUUUCAGCAAAUUCGAUAUUUCUAAUGGUAAUACUUGAACCGUUGAAGAUUUAUUGUCACUUACUAAAUUGAAUGUUGCGUGUUAAAAUUUGAAUGAUCACUCUUCACUCUACUUUUUUCAUUCAAUUUCUUGCUUUUUAUCUCUUGGAGCGCACGAAAGGAAAUUCCUAUAAUGUUCGUCGUAUACCUGGUGACACAGGGUGGGCCUUCCCUGUAACUUCUGCAUUCGUGAACGGAUUUUACUAAAAUUUGUUACAGUUAUUUAUGCAACCAUUUCGGAUUUUAUCACAUGACAAUUCAAUAAAGGUUUUGACCUGUUAAACUUGAAUAUGUUGAAAUAUACAGGGUGUUCCAUUUGAAAAAACAAAGUUGCUGGUAUUUCCCGAAAAACCGGAACUCCGCCAUUUUGGAUUGUAGAGUGAUCAAAUCCGUAAUGGUUGCUUAUAUAACUGUACCAAAUUUCAGAAAAAAUCCGUUAACGAAUGCAUAAGUAACAGGGGUGGCCCGAAACGUGUCACCCAGUAUGCAGGGUGAGUCAGUUUUUUGUAGCAAGAUUUUAACAGCUUGAAGAACACAUAUUUUCAAGAUGAAAAGGUCAUGUGAACAUAAAACAAUUAUAUGCGUGGGAACUUCGUUUCCAAUACAUA